AUUUUAGUCCCACAAGUUUACACAGGAAAGGUCUUUAUGGUUAUGCUUUUUUUUUAGUUUGAAUUUUUUUUGAAAAUCAAACUACAAUAACACAUCUUCUCGAGGCAUCAGGGUUUUAGGCCUUCUCCUUUUUUUGCUGCAACCGAUUUUUUGUUAGAAGAAAACGGUGGGAUGGUAAGGUUUGUUCAAUAAUCCAAAAAGAACUACCAGAGCUAUGGACCAAGCAAGCAAAAGAAGGGGUCGGCCUUUACCCGAUGCCAUCAAUAUGAAACCCAUUGCAUUUAACCUUGAAGAGGCUCUUGCUGUUGAGGCACUCUACAGGCCGAAUCUCUUAGUUAUUCAACAAGACCUCAAGCCAUGGGAAGUAUCACUCAAUUCUAGGGAUGGUGCUGUUCAGAUCCUACGUUUUCUUCGAAUUUGGUUUGAUGUGCCACAGAAUGUUUUCUUCACUGCAGUCACCUACUUAGAUCUAUUCCUUUCAAGAAUGAAGGUGCAAGAAAAAUACCUGAACUGUGCAACAAUAAGCUGUUUCUAUUUGGGGGUCAACAAAGAAAACGUCAACAUCGACUUGAACCAAUUGGUAACCAUCUCUCAGAGUAAAUGCUCAGUAUCUGAUAUGCUCCGAAUGGCUGGCAUCAUAAAAGACAAGCUCAAGGUGGAGACUGGUAAUCAGCGACUGACUACUUCUGCUGACAUCCUGAUGAUCUAUUUGGAUAUCUUCGAUUGCAUUGAUCCAUUGUACAGGGAAAAAUUCAAGAUUGAAGAACUUCUUACCCGCCUAGAAGUUCUGCUUGCAGAUAACUAUUGUGCAUUCUUCAGAUCUUCCACCCUUGCACUUUGCCUCUUGAAAUUUGAGAUAGAGCAAAGGAUGAUGACAGAAGCCAUUACUCGCAAGUCCGUUAUUCUUUUUGGAGAAUUUAUACACCUUCUUGCCAAAAUUCGUGACAUUCAGGUUACUUGCAAGAUUAAAACUACUGAUCUAGUAAAUUGCUGCAACAACGUAUCUAAGGUUCUCAAGCAGUAUGACAACCAAGAUCGCAGCAAGCACUCUCAAAAUCUCAUGUGGCGCUUCUCUUCUUCAACACUCGGUAGAGGCAAGCGUCAUCGCAACUACCAUCGCCCUCUCGACACCAUCCAAGAGAAGUCCCAAUGCUUCAGCAAGAAACUUCGUGCCUAAAUUAUGACCAAAUAAGUUUAAUUCACAGUAAGCACUACUAGCCCCUUUUCCUGGAAAUAUUUUUUUGUGGUUGAGAUUUUAAUUGAUUCAAAUAAUUUUAAAUAUAUGUAGCACGUUCUAAUGCAAGAUAAAACCAAAUGUGACUGAUUUCAGAUUGUGAGCUUCAUAAUGUUCAGUUUGCCUUCGCUCUUUGAUGAAGUGUCUUGCAUGAACGUGUUCUCUUUUUAAGAUUUGCAUGUACCGAUAU